AUGAGUGUUGCUUUUAUUGAUGGUCCAAUGGUGGAGAAAUUUGUCGAGGAUUCAGAAACUUUUGAGAAAUGCAUCGAUGAACGAUUUAGCAUGUUAGAUGUGAAUAGUGACGGAGUUUUGUCUCGUGACGAACUCCAGAAGGAGAUGAACGAUCCGUCUUCAGUGGAAUCCGAGCUACAAUCCAAAGAAGAGGUUGAUAGUCUAUAUGAUGCAUUGUUCGAGAAAUUUGAUACCGAAAAGAAAGGGACGCUUGACCGCCAGGAGUUUGGUUCAUUAAUGAAGGAAGUGAUGCUAGCUAGGGCUCAUGGUUUUGGUAAUACUCCGGUAUGCAUUAUUCUUCAGGAAGAUAGCUUGCUCCAGAAGGUCGUUUAA